AUGUCUCUGUUUUCUUUUCUUUUCUUUUCUUUUCUUUUCUUUCUUUCUUUCUUUCUUUCUUUCUUUCUUUCUUUCUUUCUUUCUUUCUUUCUUUCUUUUGCCAUUCCUUCAUUUUCCUCCUUUUGCCAUUUCCCAAUUUCUUUCUUUCUUUUGUCAUUUCUCUAUUUUCUUUCUUUUGCCAUUUUUCCAUUUUCUUUCUUUCUUUCUUUCUUUCUUUCUUUCUUUCUUUCUUUCUUUCUUUCUUUCUCCUCCUUCAUUCCAUUUAUGAACAUUUUAUUUUUACAUAUUUCUUUCUUUCUUUUGCAAUUCCUUCAUUUUCUUCCUUUUGCCAUUUCCCAAUUUCUUUCUUUCUUUCUUUCUUUCUUUCUUUUUUUUCUUUCUUUCUUCAUGAAUCCAUUUUUUUCUUUCUUUCUUUUGUCAUUUCUUUAUUUUCUUUCUUUUGCCAUUUCUCCAUUUUCUUUCUUUCUUUCUUUCUUUCUUUCUUUCUUUCUUUCUUUCUUUCUUUCUCCUUCAUUCCAUUUAUGA